CGUUUAAGAGACUUUUAUUUUGAAAAUCCGAUCUCCCUGUCCUGUAUAACUCUGUUGUGGUACGUUUCACGGUGGUAAUUCUGGCUGAUUCAUUGUAGUCGGGCUGAAACUCAGCUUGCAUUCUGACAUUAUCUCACUCUCUUUGCACAGAUCUAAGGAAUGGACCGGCUUUUGAGGCUUGGAGGGGGGAUGCCGGGACUCAGCCAGGGUCCUCCCACAGAUGCCCCCGCUGUGGACACAGCUGAACAGGUGUACAUCUCCUCCCUCGCCCUGCUGAAGAUGUUGAAACAUGGCCGUGCUGGUGUGCCCAUGGAAGUCAUGGGUCUGAUGCUGGGAGAGUUUGUGGAUGAUUACACUGUACGUGUAAUUGACGUGUUUGCCAUGCCGCAGUCAGGAACGGGUGUGAGCGUUGAGGCCGUGGACCCUGUUUUUCAAGCCAAGAUGUUGGAUAUGUUAAAGCAGACGGGAAGGCCUGAGAUGGUGGUGGGCUGGUACCACAGUCACCCUGGUUUUGGCUGCUGGUUGUCGGGUGUGGACAUUAACACACAGCAGAGUUUUGAGGCACUGUCGGAACGCGCUGUUGCCGUGGUGGUCGAUCCCAUCCAGAGCGUCAAGGGAAAGGUUGUGAUUGAUGCUUUCAGGCUAAUAAAUGCCAAUAUGAUGGUACUGGGUCAUGAGCCACGUCAAACCACUUCUAACCUGGGACACCUCAACAAGCCUUCUAUUCAGGCGUUGAUUCAUGGGCUCAACAGACAUUAUUACUCCAUUACAAUCAACUACAGGAAAAAUGAAUUGGAACAGAAGAUGUUACUCAACCUCCAUAAGAAAAGCUGGAUGGAGGGUCUGACCCUUCAGGAUUACAGUGAACACUGCAAACUGAACGAGACCAUCGUCAAGGAGAUGCUCGAGCUGGCCAAGAACUACAAUAAGGCUGUAGAGGAAGAAGACAAGAUGACUCCUGAGCAGCUUGCCAUUAAGAACGUUGGAAAACAGGAUCCCAAACGGCAUUUGGAAGAGCAUGUGGAUGUUCUUAUGACAUCCAAUAUUGUGCAGUGCCUCGCAGCAAUGUUGGACACAGUUGUGUUCCAGUGAUUUCCCUCUCCAUCUCUGUCUCUGUGCAUAAAUGUUCAUAUUCUACAACUGUUUUGUCUUUUUAAGAAAUAAACACAAAAUUCCAGUAA